GAGAAGGCAAGACCUAAUAGCACGAACCUUUUCAGGACUAUUAUCUAUACUAUCAGCUGAAACAUAGAUUAUCAUUCGGAUGAGUUCUCACGUUUGUUUUUCAUGUUGAAUUCGAAUGAAAACCUAUUUUCAAAGAGUUUAUAAGAAAGUAAUUUUAUCAAUAUUUGAAGCUUUUUACAAUGAAGGAGAUUAUUUAAUUGAAAUAAAAAGUAUAUAAUCAUUAAAAUAAUGAAAAAUAAAAUAGAAUAAAUAUUUUUUGUUAGUGUUAACUAUUCGAAUCCAAAUGUUGCUCCAUUUACAGCCGAAUGGGAUACACAAUUUAAAGGUCUUUAUGGAUCUUUUCCACUUCGAUGUUAUUCUUCUGAUGGACGUUAUCUUCUUCUUUCUUCAAUAUCUGGUUCACGAAAUGUUUUAUAUAUAUAUGAUUUUACUGAAGAAAAAAUGUUAUCUCUUGAUUCACCAUUAGGUGUUAAUACAUCUGUAAAUGGUCUUGCUAUAUUUGGUCAUUAUGUUGUUGUUAAUAUUGUUGAUUGUCGUACACCAUUUCGUUUAUAUAUAUUCGAUUUAAGAAAUUUAAAUAAGAUAGAUAAAGAUAUUAAUGAUUGGUAUUUAAUUGUUGAACAUGAAUUUAAAAAAGAAGAAAAAAAUAAAAUCGAAUGGAAUCUUGAUCGUUUUUAUCCUGAUAAUGAAUUAAUUCCUGUUGAAUCAAUUUAUGUUCAUAUACGUGAUACACAAUCAAAACGACCAUUAAUGGUAUUAAUACAUGGUGGACCAAAUGGAAAUGUUACUUUGAAUUAUUAUAUUGGUGUUGUUUCAUAUAUUGCAUUAGGUUUUGAUGUACUUAUUGUUAAUUAUCGAGGUUCAACUGGUUUUGGACAAGCUUCAAUUGAUAAAUUAUUGGGUAAUAUAUCAAAAGUUGAUGUUCAAGAUUGUCAUGAAGCUAUACGUCGUUGUCUUGAAUAUACCGAACCAAAUCGAUCAGUUAUACUUAUUGGUGGUUCACAUGCUGGCGUUAUUAUUGGUCGUCUUAUUGGAGAAUAUCCAAAUGAAUAUGCAGUUGCUGUUAUGCGAAAUCCAGUUACUGAUCUUCUUCAUACUUAUAUUACAUCGGAUAUACCUGAUUGGAGUUUAGCUCAAUCUGCUAAUUCACAAUUUGAUUUUGAAACAGGACGUAAUCGUUUUGCUGAUACAUCAUUAAUUACGCAACUUAUUGAAAUAUCACCAAUACGUCUUAUUGAUCAAAUUAAAACACCAGUUUUAUUACAAUUAGGCAAAAAAGAUAAACGUGUACCAAGUAGUCUUGGUUUACGUUAUUAUGAAUGUUUAAAAGCCAAGAAAAUUCCAACGAAAUUAUAUAUUUAUGAUAGUAAUCAUGCACUUAGUGAAACAUCUUGUGCUAGUGAUUGCUUUGUUAAUACCGUUCUUUUUAUUUAUGAACAUUUAAAUUUAUCAUCAUAA